UGAAUUUAUCAACUUGUCAUAUGACAAAUAGAUCAAAUCAUCACAGCAUAAAUUCUUGUUGUAACAAACACUUUUUUGUGUUCUUAUUGUUUUAGUUUUGUUUUGACUUUUUUUUUGACCUGUGGGAGUGCAAGUGCAAUCUAGAGGUAUACUGAAAGACACAUAGAGCCAGCAGAAUGGUUGAUCGAUUGGUAAACAGCGAGGCGAACACGAGAAGAAUUUCGAUGGUCGAAAGCUGUUUCGGUACUUCUGGACAGCCUUUGGGGGUGCCUGGAAGAGUGCUAGUUGGCGAAGGUGUACUAACGAAGAUGUGCAGAAAGAAACGCAAGGCAAGACAAUUCUUCUUGUUCAACGAUAUUUUAGUGUACGGCAACAUUGUGAUUAAUAAGAAAAAGUACAAUAAACAGCAUAUAAUUCCGCUGGAGGAAGUCAAGCUACAAAAUUUAGACGACGAUGCACAAAGUUGUAACGGUUGGCUUAUCAAGACUGCCUCGAAAUCGUUCGCCGUCUUUGCGGCCACCAACAUCGAAAAGAAAGAGUGGAUGGCUCACAUCACUAAGUGCAUUGAAGACUUGCUCAGAAAGAGUGGUAAGAAGGCCGUCGAGGAGCACGCAGCUGUCUGGGUUCCGGAUGGUGAUGCUUCCACGUGUAUGCAUUGUAGGAAAACGCAAUUCACAUUCGUUAAUAGAAGACAUCAUUGCCGUAAGUGUGGCGCUGUAGUUUGCGGUCCCUGCUCGAGCAAACGUUAUUUACUGCCCAGUCAGAGCUCAAAACCCUUGAGAGUUUGUCUACACUGUUAUGAAGAGCUCACCUCUGCCCAAAAACAAACGGCGAACGAUCAUAAUAUCAGAAACAAUGCCGAUACUUCGGGCGAGGAAGAUACUGAUGAUGAGGAUGAGGCAAAUAAAACGGUAGAAUCACACGAUUUGCCAAAGUUCUAUGAAUAGCAUUGACUUAUGUAAAUAUGCUUUUCUCGUCUGGAAAGCAAAUAUUGGAUGGUAAUGGAGAAACUGUGAAAGGCAUCAAAUCAAAAUAUGCGUCGGCAUAAAAUACUAAUAUUAAUGCGGCUUAGGAGAUAUAGUAUCAUUCUGAAAGACUCAUGAAAUUUGUUAUUUGAAUACCCGUUAAAAAAAAGAAGAA